AUGGCUUUCCGCUCGGCUCGACCACUUCGCUUCCGCCUGACAAGGCUCUUGCGGGCAGGAGGUGCAGAAGACGCGAAGCCGCGGUGGACUCUGCCCGAGGCAGACUACCACAAGUACACCUACCAGCCCUCCAUCCCAGACAAGCAUUUCAACAUCGGCCACUGGAACUAUGCCCCUAUCACCAUGUGGCUGCGCGCCCGGCGCCCCGCGAUGGAGCGCGUGCUGGGUGACGUCUACACCACUCUGACCGCCACAGGGACGGCAGUCUGGUCGCCCUUUUACGCGAACAUCCACGCCAACCUCCCAGGGUUCGGCUACAAGUUCCUCGGACUGGUAGGUGCCCUCAUCGGCUACAACCUUGCCGUCAUGUACGUGACUUCCCGCACCGAGGCCUGGAUGUUCCUCGAGAAGAUUCGCCUGUAUGCUCUGGGCGACGAGCUGGUGAAGAAGGGCUUUUUCAUGUCCGACUCAGAGGAGGCGCACUCUCGGCAGCACAAGUACGACCACGAGGUCGAGCGGCUGAACCACCUCUGGGAGGAGGCCAUCGCGGAUGCCACGCAGAUGAGGUCCUUCGACAGGCUCUGUGAGCAUCUCGCCGUGGAUCCUGAGAAGCUCCCCGUGGCUGAGAUCCCCAAGCCCAUCUCCUGGCGAUUCAGCCUGAUGCCGUAUGGACGGGAUGAUCCCGAUGCCAAGACCUUCAGCUUCGCUCCUGUAGACUCGCCAGCGGCCAGCAACUACUUCUUGCUCGAUAUGGGGAACUCCGGCGACUACAUCGACCGCCAGGACAACAAGCCGAAUCCCAUCCGCAAGGGCCGACACAUGUACACUGCUGCGUACAUGCCCCCGACAAAGUGA